CGGCGCAAGUGGGUGGAGUGCCUGUGCCUGCCCGGCUGGCACGGGCCCAGCUGCGGGGUGCCCACCGUGGUGCAGCACUCGAACCUGCCCACCAAGGAGCGGCUGGUGCCCCGCGAGGUGCCGCGGCGCGUCAUCAACGCCAUCAACCUCAACCACGAGUUCGACCUGCUGGACGUGCGCUUCCACGAGCUGGGCGACGUGGUGGACGCGUUCGUGGUGUGCGAGUCGAACUUCACGGCCUACGGCGAGCCGCGGCCGCUCAAGUUCCGCGAGAUGCUGACCAACGGCACCUUCGAGUACAUCCGCCACAAGGUGCUCUACGUCUUCCUGGACCACUUCCCGCCGGGCGGCCGGCAGGACGGCUGGAUCGCCGACGACUACCUGCGCACCUUCCUGACCCAGGACGGCGUGUCGCGGCUGCGCAACCUGCGGCCCGACGACGUCUUCAUCAUCGACGACGCCGACGAGAUCCCGGCCCGCGACGGCGUCCUCUUCCUCAAGCUCUACGACGGCUGGACGGAGCCCUUCGCCUUCCACAUGCGCAAGUCGCUCUACGGCUUCUUCUGGAAGCAGCCGGGCACGCUGGAGGUGGUGUCCGGCUGCACGGUGGACAUGCUGCGCGCCGUCUACGCGCUGGACGGCAUCCGCCUGCGCCGCCGCCAGUACUACACCCUGCCCGCCUUCCGCCAGUACGAGAACCGCACGGGCCACAUCCUGGUGCAGUGGUCGCUGGGCAGCCCGCUGCACUUCGCCGGCUGGCACUGCUCCUGGUGCUUCACCCCCGAGGGCAUCCACUUCAAGCUCGUGUCCGCGCAGAACGGCGACUUCCCGCGCUGGGGCGACUACGAGGACAAGCGGGACCUCAACUACAUCCGCGGCCUCAUCCGCACGGGCGGCUGGUUCGACGGCACGCAGCAGGAGUACCCGCCCGCCGACCCCGCCGAGCACAUGUACGCCCCCAAGUACCUGCUCAAGAACUACGACCGCUUCCGCUACCUGCUGGAGAACCCCUACCUGGGGCCCAAGAGUACGGCGGCCGGCGGCCGGCGGAGCCAGGAUGCCCAGGGCAGGCCGCCGGCCGGGGGCCAGGUGGGCGCCGUGCAAGGCUAGGGGUGCACGGGCUCAACCCGGGCCCGCGGCGUCGGGGCGGCGGCUGCGGGGGAACCAUCGCCCGGCCACCUCCUGCCCCGCUAGGGCAGCUCCUUCGGAGACCAGGAGGGGGUGAAGCGGGGUGGGGCUCUUGACUUUUGGAGCUGUCCAAGAUCAAGGCUCAGGCCUUGCGGGGAACCAACCUGCUUCCUGGUCAGGAGCUCUGUGCCCACAGAGUGCAUGAUGGGUCCUGAGGAGAUGGGUGGGGAGGGGGGUGUCCCAGGGGAGGGGAUGUCUGGAGCUCUGGACACAGAUGGUUUGGGGGUCUCAAAGGAAGAGGAGGUGUGAACAGCAUCCAGCUGGGAGGAGGAGCUGGUGGGGCCUCCGCCGUGGGCUCAGACUUGGGGCCGGACACAGGCCUGACCCUGACUUUCCUACAGUGCUUCAGGGGGCUAGUCACUCCAGGCUUGCAGGCUAGGAAGAGGAGGCGGGGCCUGGAAGCUGGGAGAGGUGGGGACUGACCCCAGGCCUCUGAUCACUCACCCUCUCCCAUCUCAGAUGGGAUCACCCGAGAGUCCCUUCCUUGGGGCCGCUUCAGGGUCAGCAAGGGACAACGAGGCUGCCCAGGGCCCAAGAAGGGACCUUGGGGCCAGUUGCAUGUCAUCCCAUCCCUCUGGGUGCGUCCUAAAAGGGAGCAUAGUUGUUGGGCUAGAGUUUCAGCUGCUGAAAUGAAGGGACCCCACAAUGCAGUGGCUUCACGGGACCCAGGCGGUGUCCAGAAGGGAAGAGGGUCCACAGCGGAUAGGGCAGCCUGGCCCGUUUCGUCCACGCACAUCUUCCUAUUCAGCACGCCAGAGGAGGCGGCUGCAGCUCCUCUGGUCAUCACAGGGGCCUCCCUGCCAGAAGGACACAGAGGAAGGCCAGGGAGUCUCCCCUCAUUCCUCUAGAGCAGAACUGACAAAGUUACUGUGAUUACAUCUCAUUGGCCAAGGCUUGGUCACAUGGCCAUCUGCCAGGGAAGCCAGGAAAUGUAGUCUUAAGCUGGGCUGCCCUGUCCCCAGCCUCAAUUGGGCAGUUCUCAUAUUCAAGGCCGGAGGAGAGGAUGGGACGGAUUUGGGGGCCAAGUGGCAUGUUUGGCACGAAGUUGGGAGGCGGAGAGAGGCCGGAAGUGACUGCUCCGGUCCCGAGAGCUGGGAGUUGCCCGGGUUGGGUGAUGGCCCCACUCCCUGGGGCUCCUCAGACAGGUGCCUAGUGAGGCCAGUAGGUGCCAUCUGCCUGUGGACCGGUCCGUGUUGGUGUGUGCGUGUAUAUUUAUGGGCAUGGGUGCAUGUGGGUAUGUAUUUGUACAUGUCUGUAUCGACGUGUCCCUGUAAAUAGGUGCUUGUGUGUGAAUGUGGGCCUGGGGCCCAGGCGUCCCCUUCCCCAGGGCCCCAAGUCUGUGGUCCCUCCUGCAACCCUCCCCACAAGGUGGCUGAGGCUGGAAGCAAGUCGAAAGAAGGGGGUGGGGGGGCCGGUUGUCUGUCCGUCGGUCAGUCAGUCUUUCAGUGGAAGGAGCACUGCCUCCCAGCCCAGCCCUCAGUCACCUGCAGACUGUGGGCUUCCUGGGAAAGUGCCCAGCUGUGCCAGGCAAGCCCUUUAGUGAGAGCAGCAGAGACAGAGUGUGCCCAGAAAGAACUCACUGCCCUCUGCAGGAGCUGACCCGCCCACUGCCUUGGAGGAGGAGGGAGGGGCAGCCUGGGGGCACUCUGGAGCCCCUCCCAGCAGCCCCAUUUUCUUUCCAUCCUUGAACCUGAGGUGGCUUCAGACGUCAGAGUGCCCCCGUGACUGUGUCAGCCCAGCCUGGUCCACCCAUGCGCCCCGCCAUCGCCCUGUUACCCCCUCUCGCAAGGAGUCCCUAGCCUGGAGGUCAGGAGCCCAAGAAGGGUUGAAGUGGAGGACAGCUGUCAGGGGUAGGGCUUGGGUGCUGGGGUUUCACACACAAUCAUGUCUACCCUGGGGACUGGGAUGACAGGAGAGUCGGGGCGCUGUCCCGCUGCACCCCCAGCGUGAAGGGGAAUCGUGCGGUGAAGGUAUCCGGUGGGGCACCUAUAGCCAAGUCCAGGUUUCCUCCCCAAGGACCUGGCUGCGGUUGCCAGAGACGACGGGCAGGGGAGAGCCCCGGGGGCAACGGCCAUGGUCAAGGAGAGAGGCAGGCCUUGUGCACCCAGAGGCAGGGCCCCGGAGAGGUGUAAUUUAAGGACAUCAAUAAUAGUAAUAUUUUUUUUGUAAGGAAAAAAAUCAAAAUGUACAUUCUGAAAUCAUUUUCUCUGUAAAUGGUUGGAUUUCAUUUCACCCUUAAAGGGAUGCUUAAAGGAGAAGAUACUAUUAAUAAUAAAACAACUACAAAGCCUGA